AGUAGGACGCUCUUGCUUUCUUUGCAAUGCAGCGCAGGCUUGGCAGGAGCGGAUGCCAACAAUUGGAGAACAACAGCAGACCUGGCCGAAAUGCUGACAGCAUGUAUUUUCAGAUUUUGGAUCUCUUGUCUGAAACGGGUUCCUGUUAUGCAGUUCUUUCUUUGGAGGUGUGGCAUUUGCAUUUGGAUCUUCUCCCUGAUCCUGCUACGGCUGUCUGGCCUAUCAGGUCACGACUUUGUGCCAUCUAGAGACUUGCGACCAGCGCCUCGACAAAGGGUGCGCCUCAACGCUGCAGAGAGGAAAGAGUACAAGAUCAACCAAGAGAUCCGAGCAAAUGAAGUGCGUGUAGUGGGCAUCAGUGGCGGUGAGUAUGGCCAGAUAGAGGACACCAAUGAGAUUAUGUCGUUCAACGCCGCACUCGAGAAAGCAGAGAACAUGGGCCUGGAUGUGAUCCUCAUUAAUGAGGACCAAGAUCCACCACUUGUGAAGAUAGCAAGCAUUGGCAAAUACCUCUACCAGGAGAGCAAGAAGAAAAAGGAACAAGGAAAGAACAAGCAGCCGAAGAUGAAGGAGGUAAAGAUCAGCUACACGAUUGGUGAUCAUGAUCUCUUCACAAGGAUCAGGGCGAUUGAGCAGUGGGUAGAAAACCCUCGUCAGCAAGUAAAGGUGCAGGUGGUCCUGAAGGGCCGAUCCCGAAUGUUUGAAAACCAAGCGAGGCAACUCCUUGAACGGAUACGUCGGGAGGUCGCCGCUUUUGCAAAGGUGCCUGGAGUGGAGAAGAACAUCGAUCCCAUUAACAAAGAUGGACGAGGUGAUUUGUUCAUACUCCUUGGAAGUGGUCCAGACAGAUCACUCCUGAAAAAGAUCAUUGAGGAAGCUGGUGGCAAGAAGGCCCUCCAACAAGACGCAGACAAGGAUGAAGUGGAAGAACCAGCACCUGAAAAGGAAGUAAGAAGCUCGGCAAAGGAGGCCGAUGAGGUCAAACGAAUUGAAGAAGAGAUCAAGGAAAUGAGAAAGGAGCUGAUCGAUUGCGGUGUCAAUCCGGGCAAAGUGAACGAGGAACCUGAGAUACAGGACUUGUACAAGGAUCUCCAAAAGGCAAAGGCGGCGGCGAAAGUGAGAUCCUAGGAUCCUGUGGACGGAGAGUCUAGUUUGGCGUCAGAAGCUUGA